GUACUGGAGCGAUAAGCCCACAGACGUAUUUGAACACCCGCGUUCCUCACAUCAACCAAAGUGCCUGCACGGCGUAGUGCCUGUCUCAGCAUACAACUGUACCUCCUCUUGCAUAGAUCGGCAUCCGCUAAUCACUGAGCUACAACGAUGGCUGAUCCAAACAGAGAAAUCCGGAUUGCCGUCAUGGGUGCUACAGGUAGUGGUAAAUCCACGUUUAUCAAUAAGGCUAGCGGGUCGAACCUUCCCGUUGGUCACGGCCUCGACAGUUGCACUAGCGAAGUGCAAACUUCACGGCCAGUUUGUUGUGAUUCCAUCGAAAGAUUUCCUCAGGCUAAGUGUCUGCGUUUCUUCAGCUACGAGCAUGGCGCCAAGCUUGCUGGCGUCAUCUACAUGCACCGCAUCUCUGACCUCAGGAUGGGUGGCACGUCCAAGCGCAACUUCAGGAUCUUCCGCGAGCUUUGCGGAGAAAGCUCGCUCAAAAACGUCAUCAUCGUGACCAACAUGUGGUUACAGGUGACACUUGAGAUUGGUGAGGCUAGAGAGGCUGAACUUGCGAGGAUGGAUAAAUUCUUUAAACCUGUACUUGAGAAGGGCGGUCAGCUGCUCCGUCACCAUGGCACCCUCGAGUCCGCACAUACCAUCCUUCGUUAUCUCGUCAACAACCAACCUGCUCCGCUUCGCAUUCAGCAAGAAAUUGUCGACGAGCACAGGUCUAUCGAGGAGACCGCUGCGGGCGCUGAACUCAGGCGCGCCCUCAACGAGCAAGCGGAUCAGCACAAAGACGAGAUCCGUAAUCUGAGAGCAGAUAUGGAAGCCGCUAUGCGCGCCAAAGAUGAGGAGAUGCGGAGAGAGCUUCAGGAAGAGCUCGAGAAGAAGCAAGAGGAAUGCUUGCGCAUCGAGCAAAACUCUCAGCGCAUGGCUGCCGAGUUUGCUGCCGAGCGCGCACGCCUCGAGGCUCUGAUCCUGCGGAUGGAAGCCGAGCAUCAGAAGCAACUCCAGAUGCUGGAGAACCUUCAAGGCGAGGUCGUCAAAGUCCUGACCGAGAAAGAGGAACAGGAAACUAUGCAUGCUCAAAGGGAGAGCGAGAUUCUUGCUGCCAAGCAGGCAGAGGACGAACGGCGCGCUCGCGAGUUGGAAGAAGAACGCAAUGCAAGAGUGCUGGCGGAAGAAAGUCACCAGAAGCACCUCCAAAGUCUUCUGGACGAUAUGGAGAAGACACGCAUCGCAAAAGAGAUCGCCGAUAUUGCUCACGCCGAAGAAGUCAAGCGAGAGCGGGACAGACUGGCAGUACUAGAGACUGAGCAGCAGCGACAGAAGUCCGCCAUGGAAGCCGCGGAAAGGGAACGUGCUCGAGAGGAAGCGGAACGAGUACGCUUGCAAGAAGAAUUUGCGCAGAGAGAGAAAGAAUUAGAGGAAGUCAAGGUGUCCAACGCAGCAAAAGAGGCCGAGAGUGUAGCAGCGAAACGGGCGGUCGAAAGUGCCCAAACCCGUCUCCUUGAACAGCAACAGCUAACACGCCAACUCGAAGAACAGCUUGUCCAACAACGGGAAAUGGACCAAAGUUCGCUCGAACACUGUAGCUUGCCCCAGCCAAGUAUUCUGAGCCGAAUUUUCCAUUCGUGGUAUGGAAGGUAG